UUUAUAAAAGCUCCCAGCCUUGAGAAGAACAUCCCGUUCCUGGGCCUGAAGAUAUUGAAACAUUAAUUACAUAAUUUAUAGUAGUGCUUUCUUCUACAAUGUCUGAAGAAGUGACUUAUGCGACACUCGUAUUUCAGGAUUCUGUUGGAGAGAGAAAUAACCGCGAUAGAAAUAACCUAAGGAAAAGAGGGUAUCCAGCUCUUUCACCCACCUGGCGCCAGGCUGCCCUGAGUUUGCUAACUCUUUGUCUGAUGCUACUGAUUGGGCUGGUGACCUUGGGGAUUAUGUUUUUGCAGACAUCUAAUGAAAUUAACUCAGAUGCAGAGAAAUUAAAUCUACUUCAAAAAAUCAUCCACCAACAGCAGGAUAACUUAUCCGAGCAGCUGAACAGCUACAGAAACUUUCCCACCGAGGAGGAGUUUCUCAAAUCACAGAUCUCCAGUCUGCUGAAGAGGCAGGGACAAAUGGCCAUCAAACUCUGCCAGGAGCUAAUCAUUCACACUUCAGACCACAGAUGUAAACCUUGUCCUAAGAUGUGGCAGUGGUCCCAAAACAGCUGCUAUUAUUUUGCAACAAAUGAGGAGAAGACCUGGACUGACAGUAGGAAAAACUGCAUGGACAGGAACUCCACUUUGGUGAAGAUAGAUAGUUUGGAGGAAAAGGAUUUUCUGAAGUCACAGCCAUUACCCACGUUCUCUUUCUUCUGGCUGGGCUUAUCCUGGGACCCAUCUGGAAGGAGCUGCCUAUGGGAGGAUGGCUCUGGCCCUUCUCCAUCCUUAUUCAGCACUAAAGAGUAUGCUCAGAUCAAUGGAUCCAAAGGAUGUGCCUAUUUUCAAAAAGGAAAUAUUUAUAUUUCCCGCUGCAGUGCUGAAAUUUCUUGGAUUUGUGAGAAGACAGCUGCGUUAGUGAAGAUUGAAGAUUUGGAUUAAUAUGCUUCUUCCAGAUUCACCGGAUGUAAGGGACUUGUGGUUAAAUUCAUGUGAAGAAAGAGAAAUCUCCCCUACUAGAGCCAAAAACAGAUGAAAAAAAUGACUGUGUAUUCAGACCCAUCAGGCAAAUAAACUUCACAGAACAUUCUCCACUUCAUCGUCGAUGCCUUCUGAUCUGAUGUUCUGGUUAUUGUUAGGGACCCGGAGGAAUAGCUCUUCUAUGGCCCUAUUGUUCUAUCUCAGCAUCAUUUCACUGAAUUCCCUGUCUCAAAUAAAAGAUUAUUUUCCUGC